AUGGCUCAUCAACACACAUUACAACUGAAUGAUUCAGGAUCUGUAUAUAGGUGCAGUGGUUGUAAAGAGAUAGGUUAUGCAUCAAACUAUUACACAUGUGAAAACAGCGAUUGCAACUACGUCCUCCACGAGGAAUGUGCAAAACCUAUUAUGCAUGCAGUUCAUCCAUUUUUCCAAAAUUGUACAUUUGAAUUCUAUGAGAAAGCACAAGAGGGUGGAUUCUGUGAUGCUUGUGGAAAAGAUUUGUUAGGUUUUUUCUACUGUUCCAGGACAGGGGAUGCUCUACAUCCUUGUUGUUUGAACCUGAAAAAAAACAUUUCAGAUACAUUGACUUUGUGUCAUCAAGUUCCAUCAGACUGUUACCUUUGUAAGAAAAGGCAUGUUGUGAGGAACAACUUUGAAGGUUGGUCAUAUGUAGUUAACUCUAGUGGAAACAGUUGUGUUCAUGUGUCGUGUUUCAAAGAUAUGAUUCUUCAUGAGAUCAGUUUGAAUAAUAAUAAUAGGUCAAAAGGGAGAACGGGUUCGUUCUUUAAAUUUACCGGCAAGUUGGCGUUCAACGUGCUCUUGGACAUAGUUACAGGGGAUAUUACCAAUUCUAUCUCUACCAUUUUCGAAGGCAUUUCUUCUCUUUUUUCUGAAUGA